CUUAAAUCACGAAAUUUUAAUUGAGAUUAAACCUAAACCCCUAAAUUAUUUUCACGAUCCCAUUUUCCCACUUCGCCGUUUGUUUCCCUUUUAUUCGGUAAAAAAAAAAAAGCAUAAAAACUACAAGCAUAGAGGCCCCAAUUCUUGUUGUUAUCAAUGGAUUGAAUUUGGAGAAUUUGCUGGCCAUUUUCUGUUUUUCUCCAACGGUCUGCUCGAGUUUGAAGACUGAUUCAUUGUUUUAUUCCUGGACUGACAAUGGCGGAGAGCCACAUAGAUAAAAGACUUGCUGUUAUUGUAGCAGUGGAUAUCAUCGCUGGAAAUGCUGAUCUUUUAUCUGAAAUUCUACUCCGUUUGCCUGCAAGAUCUCUCAUCAGGGAGUGAGUCAUGGAGAUCUUGUUGUCGUUUCUCUCCACCCUAUGAUAUGCGCUUUGACAGCGGAGUGUUUUGGAAUGGUGCAAUUCAUUGGAUUGGUGAAAACUCCUCCAUUUACUUUGAUGCUAAUUCAGAGGAAGUCGUAAGGAAAGAUAUGCCACCAAGGCCUCAGGGACAAUGUAGAGAAAAGAUUAGGUAUUUUGGGGAAUGGGGUGGCCAUUUGCAUCUUAUUCAGGUUCAGAGCCUAUAUGCCAAAAAAUUCAAUGUGCUUGAAUUAGACAAAAAUACCUGGAAGUGGUCAGUAAAGUAUCGUGUUCAUCUUGCUCGGUUAAUUUCAGCAUUUCCUGAGAUGGUUCAGCAGACAUCAUAUGGCACACAAUAUGCAUUUUCCAUUUUGUCCGUGAUUCGAGGAGAGAAAGAAGAAGAUUCGGUCCUACUGCUUACUAUCCCGGGGAAGGUGAUCGCCUACAACUUAGUGCGUAAAACUUCUAAAGUAGUCCGCGAGUUGCCUGGUGAAAUAGGUGAUACUUUACGCUUUAAUCAUGUUAGUGCUUAUCAGUAUACUGAAAGUUUGGCUCCGGUUCCAGCUCUCAAAGAUUUGUCUUCGCUCUUUUGAAUUUCUUCUGGAAAGAAGUUAUCUUGCAGGUAUUUCAUGUGAAAACUUCUUCAAAAAUGCUAGAAAACUAAAUGUCAAAUCUUAGCUUCCGUAGUUUCUUUUGGGAAUUCAGUGUAAAUGUUAUUGAACCUUUACUGGAAAAUGAGUUCAAUGUUUUAU